GAGAGAGCACAGUACUUACACAUAAAUGACAUCACAGCCCUAUGGAGCCCGGCUAAUAAAUCCUAAGUAGCCAGAGGGACAAGGUACAGAACCUACAGGAUUACUACGAGUAACACAAGUGCUGAAGGAGUUCUCCCGAGCAAGAGCCAGGAUCAAGCAGCAGAUAAUGCAAGGACAGAUAAACUCUGCAAGUUUGCAUGGAUAGACCUGAGAACCCAGCAUAUUUCACUGGCUGCAUCCACUACACAAGGAGUAGCUGAGAACCAAGUCUGUUUAGGACUUUCUACAUUUUUUUUUCUGUGUGUGAGAGAGAGAGAAAGUCUUGCUACACCUCCUUCUUUCUUCUGCUUUCUCUCUUGGAGAAAUUGAGUCUCUGGUUACCAUGGUGACCCAGCUGAAAGUGAAGAAUAUUUAACAAGGGGGAGGCUGGACCCAGCAGGCAGACAACCUGGUGCCAUCAGGGCUGAGCUCUGGGACUGGGCAGAGAUCACAAGGAAUCAGCAAGUUCUGAGCUCUGUUGGACUGCAAUGAGCAGGGGGUGACACCAAGGCUGCUGGCUCUAAGAGAACCCCCCACCCCCUUUCCCCCCCUUUCUGAUGAAUUAUUUAUGAUCUUUGGCAAGCCAGGAGAACUGUAUUCUCACCGUGUGUGGCUGUGUUCAGCAUGUAUCAUUCCCAGUGCCUUGUGACUAUAUAUACCCUGGUUGUCUUCUUGGGACUUCGCAUUGACCAAGGGGUAUGUCAACAUUACCUUCACAUCAGACCUGCACCUAGUGAAAACCUUCCACUGGUGGAUCUUAUUGAGCACCCUGACCCCAUAUUUGACCCUAAGGAGAAGGACAUUAACGAGACCUUGCUCAGGGGUCUCAUGGCUGGACAUUUCGACCCCAACUUCAUGUCCAUCAACCUACCUGAGGACAGGUUUGCAGGAGAAGACCUUGGGGAGUUGGACCUCCUCUUGAGGCAGAAGCCCUCUGGGGCUAUGCCUGCUGACAUCAAGGGACUGGAGUUGUAUGAAGGUCUUCAGGGCAAGAAGCACAAGUUGAGCAAGAAGCUCAGAAGAAAGUUGCAGAUGUGGCUCUGGAGUCAGACUUACUGCCCUGUCUUAUACACAUGGAAUGACCUGGGCAACAGGUUUUGGCCUCGUUAUGUGAAAGUUGGAAGCUGCUACAGUAAGAGGUCCUGUUCUGUACCAGAGGGCAUGGUCUGCAAAGCUGCCAAGUCUAUGCAUUUGACCGUGUUAAGGUGGAGAUGCCAAAGACGUUUACACCAGAGGUGUGCAUGGAUCCCCAUCCAAUACCCCAUCAUAUCAGAGUGCAAAUGUUCCUGUUAAAAGAAAACUAAGACUCACAAAGACUUCUGCAAAAAAAGGCAUAGCUUUUAUCCGGUUAAUGGUGUGUGCACUGUACUAUGUAGGAAUGUAUAUGUGUGUAUAUAUGGUAUCAGUUUAAAUUACUAUUAAAAGGUCAGUAUUAUUCUUUUAAA